ACAUCCAUUAAACCUCUCCUGUGUAAAAUCAGCUGUUUUGUUUACAUUCUCUCUGCAGGUUAACACUGCAUUCUAUUUUUAGCUCAUGGUUUAUAACAGACAGUUUUACAUCACUGAUUAGUCACACCCACAAAUACUCGCUGCCGCGGCAGCGAAUGUUGCCCCUAUAUCAUAAACUAAAAGAUAACGAAAGUUGAAAUGACCUUGAUACGCUCAUAUAUAAAAUAAUGAGACGUUAUCGUGCACUGGGUUGUUAGUUUAUAAAGUUAAAUCUACACACUAUAUUUAGCUCGAUCUACAAUAUUCUAAAAUGGAUGCCGUAGUGAAAUGGAUAAGGAUUUUCCUCCUAACAUUUAUUUGGCUUCCGAUGGAAGUUGUUAAACUUCUUUUGGCAAGAUAUGUGUCAAAAAGUAUGGACAGAGCGAUCACUGAAGACACCGGUGUUAUAAUGAAGGCUAUUGGAUGGGAUGAAAAGGAUUAUGCAGGAUCUACUUAUUGUCUCGGAUAUGUGAAAAUGUGGUACCGCUCUAGAUUUCUUGACAUUAUGAAAGAAGCACAGCGCGGUAAACUGGCACCAAACUCUGACGUCAUCAUGCUUGGUGACCGGAAACUCUGCAAGAUUCUUGACUUUCAAACAAAAGGGAGGCCACUCAUAUUGAAUUUCGGAAGCUGCACCUGACCACCGUUUGUCGCCAAACUUUCCAAGUUUCAAAAACUUGUUGAUGAGUUCAGCGACAAAGCAGACUUUCUUGUUCUUUACAUAGAAGAAGCGCAUGCAUCAGACGGUUGGAAAUUUAGAAAUAAUUACGAUAUAAAUACACACAGGGACUUGAACGAGCGAUUAGCUGCAGCGAGAAAACUUGAAUUACUUGAUCCACAUUGUCCAAUUGUUGUAGAUACAAUGAACGAUAGUGCAAAUAAAGCUUACGGUGCCUUAUAUGAACGUUUGUAUAUAGUAAUAGAUGGAGUUAUUGUGUACGAGGGCGGAAGGGGACCCAUGUGGUACAAAAUUGAAGAAGUAGAGGGAUGGCUGAAGAUGUAUUUUAAAAGCUAGAUAUUAAACUAGAAAUGUGAUUCUAAUCCAACGAUAAUUGCCAUUAUCACCCGUUCUUGUAAUGGAAAAUGUUUAUAUUUUUUAUAUCCCGUUUUUGUAAUUGAAUAUGUUUAUAUUCCAUUACAAAAACGUAUUCAAGUUAAAGAACUUGGUAAAAUUCCUGAAAAUAUGAAAAAGAGCGUAUUCAAGUUUACGAACUAUGUAAAAUUCAUGAAAGUAUGUAUUAUCAAUAUUUCAAUGGCAGAUGACAGUGGGAAUAUAUAUGUUGUACAAUCUAUAAUGACUAAAUCUGCUGAAAUUGCUUUUUCAAGGCAGAUUUAUGAAGCGAUUUGUACAACUAGUGUGUAACAGUGUCAUUCUCAUUUCUGUAUUGGUUAUACCUAUAGAUUAUCAAGUUGUAUUGUUAUAUGAAUUAUUUCAUCAUGAUUAAAUAUUCAUCCUUA